ACGUGGUCUCCAUACUGUUUAUUAUCAUGAUAUCAUCAGUGGUAACUACAACCAGUCUACAACCCCGAGAAGUGGCAGCUCCGGGCAGUGACAUCACCCUUAGCUGCUCUUUCCCUCCGUCUAAAAACCUGAACCUCAACCACCUGUUCGUCAACUGGCAGCGUGGAGAAUCAGAGGUGGUCCACAGCUAUUACUAUGGGAGAGAUCAGCUGGAAAGACAGAGUGUUAUUUACAAGGGACGCACUCAUCUGAUUGAAGACCAGCUCACUGUGGGAAAUGCCUCACUUAGACUGAGUGGUGUGCAGCCGAGUGACCAGGGCCAAUACACCUGUCAUGUGACAGAUGAACAAGGAAGCACCCAGGAAAAUCUACAACUUCUAGUGGCAGCCCCUUAUGAUGAGCCCAGGAUGUCCGUCCAAGCCACUUGUGACGGCUUUGUUGUCACUCUCCGUGCCUCUCAGGGGUUUCCCCAGCCAGAGGUACUGUGGGGAGGUGUGAUGGGCAGUAACACCACUAUGGAGUUGGACAGCAGGGGGCGCUAUGAGCUGGAGAGUGAGGUGACCCUGAGGUUGAACAGCACUCUGACUGUUACAGCAGAUCUGAAACUGAGGGUUCUGGACCAGAGUUUCACUAAGUCUCUCACACUCCACCCACCACCAGCCCCCAUCAAGGAGCCCCAGCUCUGUACAGUCAUCCUGUGACAGGUUCGUCAUCACCCUCAACUCCUCCCAGGGUUUCCCCCAGCCUGAUGUGUGGUGGACGGACUCCAUUGGAGGAGACGUCUCCAAUCAGAGCCACAGCCGUAUCGGCCUGGACAGCAGGGGGCGCUAUGAGGUCCACAGCUCCAUGGAGAAUGCUGUGAGGUGCCUCUUGCAACCAGGGGCAGACCGGCUUUGGUAUUAUUAGGGAUAGUUCUCUUGGCAGCAUUAGCAAUGUCACUCAUUUUGUACUACAGACACAAGCCUGAAACACACCAACACCAGAUGGUCCCACGUGAUGAUACAACAGGACAAGAUGAGGCUCAUGAAACAGAGACUUGAAAAAUCUAAACUUGUUUGAGAAGUCAAAGCUUUUACAGCGCUGUGUUUCAAUGUCACAAAUAUAGGUGUGUGUUGCUGCCUUCUGAAACAUUUCCACUCCCUCUUGGUAAAGUAUUAUACAGUACUGCAGGCAGUAGACUUUGCUACUCUCUCUGCAACCCUAUGUAAUCCAGCCUACUUGUAUUUUUUAUAUAAAUACUUCUUGUUAGUCAGAUAUGGAAAACAGGGAAAAGAUAAGUAUUCACCCCUCUUGGGUUUCUUCUUAUUGUAUUGUGUUACAAAGUGGGAUUAAAAUUUAUUUAU